UUGAUCUUCAUGAUGGACAGCUGCAUUUUUUUGUUCACUCCUGGGACUCAAAGGGCAACAAGAUGACUGUUCCUGUCAUGGUCCUGCAUCAUGGACAUCACCAUGUAAGCAGAGAUGCUGAGCAGCACCAUGGAGGUCACAGACACCAGAACCAUCACAACACUGAAGUGGAUUCUGCCAAUACCAAAGAGACUGCAGAACAUCCAGAUGUGGACGUCUAUUAUUUUCCCAAGUCGAGUAAUGGACUGAGGAGGAUGAAGAGAGACUGGGUCAUCCCUCCUAUCAAUGUUCCUGAGAAUAGCAAUGGACCCUUUCCACUUAAAAUGGUUACGAUUCGCUCCAGUGAGGACAAAAUAAAGAAGAUCAUCUACAGGAUCACAGGUCCAGGAGCCAAUGAAGAUCCUGUUGGACUCUUUACAAUGGACAAAGACACUGGUGAUCUUUUUGUUCAUCAGAGACUUGACAGAGAGAAACAAGCACAUUAUACACUGUUUACACACACUGAUGUUGUUGGGGCGAGCAAAGCAGAGGAUCCUAUGGAAAUCAUCAUCAAUGUAAUUGAUAUGAAUGACAACAAACCCAUUUUUGAACAGACAUCCUAUGUGGCAGAAGUUGCUGAAUCCUCACCAAAAGGGACUACAGUGAUUCAGGUUAAAGCCACUGAUGCUGAUGAACCAGGCAAUGACAACUCAAUUAUCAGAUACACUAUUCUGAGCCAGGAACCUAAACUUCCCAGUGAUUCCAUGUUUGCCAUUGACACCGACAAUGGGGCCAUCAUGGUUAAAGGUGUUGGUUUGGACAGAGAGAAAUAUCCUGAGUAUAGUCUGGACAUACAAGCAGCGGAUAUGAAAGGAGAAGGAUUAAAUGGAAAAACAAAAGUAGUUUUGAAAGUGACGGACAGCAACGACAACCCUCCAGUCUUUACUGCAUCUACUUAUCAGGGAUCAGUUGAUGAAAACGCAGUGGGGGUUCUGGUUGUUAAAAUGUCAGUAACUGAUGAAGAUGAACCAAACACCCCAACAUGGAACGCCAAGUUCAAGAUUGUCGGAGGAGAUCCUGAUGAUUUUUUUUCCAUAGAAACAGGAUCCAGCAAACAAGAAGGAAUCAUUAAAACUGCUCAGGGACUGGACUUUGAGAAAAGCAGAACACACACUCUGGAGGUUAUUGUGGAGAACGGCGUCCCUUUUACCAUUCCACUGACCACCUCCACCGCCACAGUGGUGGUGACCGUGAAGGACGUCAAUGAGCCUCCAAUCUUUAAAGAAAAGGAGAUGACCGUUCAAAAGCCUGAGGACCUUCCUGUGGAAAGUGUGGUUAUUAAGUCUGAGGCAGAAGACCGAGACUUUGAACGUGAAAACAAUGUCAAGUAUAAAAUAAUUGAUGACCCUGAAAACUGGCUGACAGUGGACGAGGAUUCAGGGCUGGUGAAGGUGAAAAGCCUCAUGGACAGAGAGUCCCCUAAUGUGACGGACAAUAAAUACACGGUGCUCCUUGGUGCUUAUGAUAAUGAUCUAGUCCCAGCCACUGGAACUGGCACGUUGAUCAUUAUACUUGAAGAUGUCAACGACAACGCACCAGCGAUUGUAGAACGGGAAACACAGAUUUGCAAGCACCAGCGGACUCCUGCACUGCUGAGUAUAGUGGAUAAAGACGAAGCCGCUCAUUCUGCUCCGUACAGUGUGGCCGUUCAUGAAAAGUACUCGGCCAACUGGACGGCUAAGAUGAACGAAAGCGAAACUGGAAUCGAGCUGUUUUUAAAGUCUGAAAUCCCUGAAGGAAAAUACAAAGUGGUCCUGAGGGUCGCAGAUCGUGGUAACCUGGACCAGGAAAGCUCCAUCAAUGUGGAAGUGUGCACCUGUUUAGAAAAUGGACUUUGUCCUCUGACUGGAACUGGACUGCCAGCAUAUAUUUGGGGAAUACUUGGAGCUCUGCUGCUGCUGCUGGUGGUUCUGGCAGUGCUGUUUGUUUCCAGAUGGAGAAGAGCAAAGGGGCAAGGGGAGCAACACCUACAAAGUAUUGAAUGGAGAAGACAACCAGAUAGACAAUUGUAGGAUUAACUGUUGCUGGUCCAAGCAAUAUCUGAUGUGUUUUCUGGUGUGUGUCAUCCUCACACCCCAAUUCAAAGCUAAAGACAGCUAGAUCCCUUUUGUUUUUGCUUUUAUCGUAAACAUCUUGUGUUAUAGGAUGGUUAUAGAACACACUCAUACUUGCACCUGAUUUUCAAAGUGUUAAAUAAAGUUUUUAAUCUUUUCUUUUUCUUGGAUUUAUAAAAAGUUCAUGAAUUUAUUUGUAAAAUUAUUUUUGAGAUUUGGGAUGAAAAUCAGGCCAGCCAUCACAUCAAUGAAGAUCUACUGAACAAAAUAAUUAUGGAAGAUGGUGUCUGUUGUGCCUUGUAAAUAGUUUUAAAGGGUCUUUAAAGUUUCAUUGUUGACAAAAGCUCAUUCUGUCACUGACAUAUGCUACAUAUUAAGUCAUCCUUUUUGCAGAUGAUCUGCUGUUUGUCUUAUGGCGUAAAUGCAUUUCCCAGAUAACCUGAGUAAGUUCUGGGUGAAGCAGCAGAUGGGAAUCCCCUUCAGAAACAUGGCCUUUUUCUACCUUUAGCUUGUUUAUUUAUUCAUUCAUUUUGGCAAUUUUUGAAUUUGUAUAUCAUCUGAAACAGUUUGCUAAAAAAUGAUUUCAGAAUUGUUCAUUCAUGAGCUAAAGACACUCUCCCACUUUGAAUAUUCUGCCUUUGAAGCAUACAUGCAGUUUACAAUGUAACAGUUGCAGAAGUUCAAAAAAUAUUUCAGCUAAAAACAAAACAUUUGUUUGUUAAACUCAAUUAAGAUAGAUACUACUUGGUGGCAUUCAUAUCUGUGCAACAUAAAAGAUUUCUGAGACUGUAAACUAUAAGACUAUAAACUUUUUCAUCGUCUUUUUUUUUUUUAUUGAUGGAUGGCUUUUUUCAGUUCCCUGCUGUUUCCCCUGUGUCAGCUAAACAUGUAAAUAUUUACAAUAAACUUUGCUCAUUUGACUGCUGGAA